AUGAAUCCCGCAACAGUACCAAAACUGUCCGUUGUUGAUUUAUCACGAGAAAAUUUGCGACCAGGUUCAAGUUGUUGGGUAUCAACAUGCAAUGAAAUCAAGGUUGCUCUUGAAGAAUAUGGCUGCUUUGUAGCUUCAUACCGCAAACUCUCUUCAGAAUUUCGCAAGAACGUAUUUGACGCACUCAAAGAAUUGUUCGAACUUUCGGAAGAAACCAAAAUGAAAAAUGAGAACCCGAAGCCUGGCCAUGGCUACAUGAAGCUGCCGACUCUUCCUCGCUAUGAAAGCUUAGCCAUUGAAAAUGUAACAAAGCUAGAGGCCUGUAAAAACUUCACAGAAGCCAUAUGGCCUGAAGGAAAUGAUAAGUUCAGUGAAAUCGCUCAUACAUACGCAAACACGGUAGCAGAAUUGCAGCAAUUGGUGAUGAGAAUGUUGUUCGAAAGCUAUGGCCUUGAUGAGAAGCUUUACGAGUCUCAAAGGAUAUCAACUACUUAUCUUAUACGUUUCAUCAAAUACAGAAAAUGUCAUGAAACAGAUAAAAAUACUUCUGUUUUACGUGGUCAUACAGAUAAAAGCUUGGUGUCCAUUCUUCAUUCAGAUGACGUUAAGAGUUUGGGGUUAAGAACAAAGGAUGGACAGUGGAUGCAGUUUGAGCCGUCACCUUCAUCUUACUUGGUCAUCAUCGGUGAUGCAGGCAUGGCAUGGAGCAAUGAUAGAUUACGAUCAUGUUAUCACCGAGUAACUGUGGAUCCUAGCAAAGAGAGAUAUUCAAUUGUUCUGUUUGCAUUCGUAAGUGGAGUUAUAGAGACACCAAAGGAGCUAGUUGAUGAUGAACAUCCAUUGAAGUACAAACCAUUUGAUCAUCUCGGACUUAUUAAAUUCUUUGCGUCAAGCAAUGUCUCAGAUAAAAUGGACAGCAACUUGAUUAAAGCCUACUGCGGCAUUUAA